AUGGCGGACUUGUUGGAGACCGGGCCGUCAGAUGAAAAAGAAACCGACAAUGAGGACAAGAAGAAGGUGAAACGGCCAUGGGAUGACAUACCAAGGUCGGAGAAAAUCGGUAGAACUCCAGAUUUGGCGGAAACAUUGGGCUUUUACGAUAUAAAUGCUGUCAGACGGGAGCAACGUGAACGCGAUAACUCAGGUGGGUUUCCCUAGAUCGCGCGCAGGUCAAAGCGGUAUCGUUUAGAUAUCAUUUUAUCUGACAAACCGACCUCUUUAAUAUGUCUAGAAAUAAUGCAUUGGAAACUGACGAUCGCAUGAAAAGUAUUGUAAAAUACAUGUCAUAGUGGCACAACAAUUUUAUGUUAUCGUUGGGCUGUCCCGACAGAAUGCACAACCAAUCAAAGCACGCCAUUGGAUUUUUUUAGCUGUCAAACGGUGUUGUUGUCAUACUCCAUAGUUAACGUUAGCUAACAAGCUGACUUGCGAGAUUGUUUGUCAAAAUACAGGCUUUCAGUUAGGCUUUCUCACCUUUUGUAUUAGUAGCCCGUGAUAAAUAUCUAUAUGCUAACUGAUCAUUACAAAUAUUUGUCAUUUAGUUACUAAUUACUUAGACGUUUAAUUCCUGGUCAUUUGUGUACAUGUGACGGACCGCGCCUAGCCAAAGGACGAGACGUCUAACCUUACCCCAUUCAUAGCUACCCAAUGCUAGUUACUGUAGUUCACUAUCUUGCUAGCUAGCAGGGUCGAUGCCCACUUCAGUGACUGUUCCCCCCAUCCACGUAGGCUAGGCUAGCCCAAGAAUGUACUAAAGGUAGUUAGCGUCUAAGUUUUUUGCUUAGCAUAGGUUAAUGUUUCUCUAGUUAACGUUACCUAUAAAGUCAAUUUUUGGUCUAGCUAACGUUAGCUUGCUGCCUUUUUUUUGUAUGCAUCAACGCAUACUGUAACGGUUGGGCGCCGAGUUACUACAAAAAGUUGUGAAAUCCGGUCAACGUCGCACGAUCAGUCAAAAUAUACAAUUAUUGUGUUGGAAAUCAUCUUUUGUGUUCAAUAUAUCAUGUUUGACAGGUUCUCACUAUUUCCAACCGACUGGAAAAUAUUUAAAGAGUAUGGGGUCAUUUCGGGUAACGUCCUCAGUCAAUGUAAAAAGGGGGAGAGGCGCCUUUGCUUCACAUCAACAAACAAGAACAGUCUCUGCUCACUCAUGUGAGACUGUUUAGAAUUAUUGAAAAAUUAUGCUAUUAUGUAUAUUUAAAAGCACAGCAUACUGGUAGUUUCUGUAUUCCAAAACUUCAUACAUGGAAUGGUAAUUAAUUCUGAUGCCAUUGUAGCUCAAAGUUUUCCUCAUACCAAAAGUCUUAUCAGGCAAGUUUAUAAGAUAAUCAUUAGUGGUAAAGUGGCAUUCCAAUUCAGUUGGUUUUGUCUAGAAGGGAUACAGCUUUUGUCAAGAUGUACUUUUUGUAGCAGGUUUAGGAGAACCUACUCAGCAGGUUAGGAUAAUUAAUGUAGCAGGUUAGGAUAAAUAGGUUAAUGUUAGGGAAACGGUUAGGGUUAGCAAUUUUUUAUUUUUUUUUAAUAAUACGUUUGAUGUCAAUUUGACGAAAGCUGCAUCCCAUUUAGACAUUACCAAUUCAGAGGGUCCUAUAUGAAUGGUUAGGCUACUUGAGGUCUUUUUUAGGCAACGAUUGGUGUGUCAAAUUCUUUAUCUUUCAUUUUCAAAAGAGAAACUUCCUUUCCCUUACAUUUUCAUUCAUGCCAUAUUUUUGUUUUCUGUGUCAGAGCUUCCCACAAUUGGCACACUGACAUGUAUUUUGGCCAUUGUGUUGAUCACCAGGAGUGUGAACAGUGACCGUGGAGGGACAAUAGCCCUGUGGUAACAGAGCGCUAAGUGUUGUCACAAUGUUUUUCCAGAUCCGUCGCUGGCACGCUUCCUGUGUGCUGAGCUGACCCGGGGCUACUUCCUGGAGCACAACGAAGCAAAAUACACGGAGCGCAGAGAGAGAGUGUACACAUGCAUGCGCAUUCCCAGAGAACUGGAAAAGGCAGGUACAGUAGAGGCUCCCUGGGAACCUCACACACACACAGAUAACCACACAACACAGUCAGUUCAGCAGUGUUUGUUUAGCAUUGCCCUUGGUAAUGUUCUGGGGCAUUGGUAUUUCCAGUGAAAUUAACAGUUAUUGUUAUUCUAUUAUUUUGUUUUAUAUUCACAUAGCAUUUUUUAUAGAGUUGACACAAAUUGAUAUACAGAGAAUAGUGUGUAGGGCUACAUGGUUCUUUCUCUGUCCUUUUAUUGCUAUUGUCUAUAAUUGCAGCCCAGAAUGUUUUUCGGUAUGCUGUCAUAGACAUAAUAAGUAUGAUGCAGUGUCUAUACAACCAGUAGAUGGUGGUGUUGUAACACAUUACAUUGAUAACAUGAUGCAGUGUCUCUAUAGAACCAGUACAUGGUGGUGUUGUAACACAUUCCAUUGAGAAUGUGAACAAAGAUUCCCCUAAAUGUACCUCUGCAAACUCAUCUUGGAAUAAUAAACCUCUGCACUAGUGUCUGAUACCAGAAAUAGGUCAAUUUACCCCUGCCUUUAUUUCUCUCCUCGAACCCUCAAACAUUGAGAAGACACCUGUGUGUGCUCUGAGGUAGCUACUAUUCUGGGACUACUUUUAAUAUAUUGUAUCUGAUGUUAGAGAAGCUUCCAAUGAAGAACACUCUCUGGGUUCUAUUGGAUAAAUAACUCUCCAAUCAUGUGAUGGCAGGGGUUGUAAAGCCAUAGCAAGUGAGUUUCUUCAAAAACAAUUUAUGAUCAAAUUUAUUAACAUCAAAGGCUCCACUGAAAUCUAACAAUACAGCUCCAACUAUCAUAUUUUAAUCCGUUUAUUUUAACCAAUCAUCAGUCAUCUGAGUCAGUGCAGUACAAGUUGAGUGCUAUUUCUAGACAGUGGAAUUACUUUAGCAUCCUUCUACGCCUGUGGACACACUCCUUUAGGCUUUGGUUAAAGAUAUAGCAAAUAGGAGUAGCAAUACAGUCUGCUACCAUUCUCAAUAGUUUCCCAUCUAUGUUGGCUAUACCUGGUGGCUUAUCAUUAUUGAUGGAUAACAAUCGUUUUUCCACCUCUCCUACACUAACUUGACCAAAUUCAAAACAGCAAUCCUUCUCUUUCAUUAUUAGAUAUUUUAUACAAAAAUACGACGGUUCACUGUUCAAUGUUGUCAUUUCACUUCUGAGUUUUUCCACUUUAAUAGUGAAAUAGUCAUUGAAAUGAUUGGCAAUAUCGAAAGGUUUAGUUAUAAAUGACCCAUCAACUUCAAUGAACGAUGGAGAUUAAUUGGGUUUUCUGCCCAUAAUAUCAUUUAAGGUACUCCAAAGUCAUUUUCCAUUGUGUAUUAUGUCAUUUAUCUUGGUUUGGUAGUGUAAGUUCUUAUUAUUUUUGUUACGUUUAGUCACAACAUUUCUCAAUUGACAGUAUGUCAACCAAUCAGCUGAGCAACCUGACUUGUUUGCCAUCUCUCUUUUAUUUAUUUUUAAUUGUUUUUUUUUGUUUUUUGCCAUCAUUUCUUUGAACCUAGGGCUGUUGCGGUGACUGUAUUACUGCCACACUGGCAGUCAUGAGUCAUGACCGGAGACAAAUUCCACGUGACCAUUGAGUCAUGGUAAUCUCCUCUUAUGCACUCUGGACAUGCAUUCAGAACCCAACUCGCUAACGACCAUCAGGUGCUAAUGGCCUGGUACUCAGCGCUCUAUUGUUUCUCUGACCUCUCCGACAUCAAUGCAACUGCAAUCGAAAAUCACAUCAAACACUUAUUAUCAAAACAGUAUCAUGCUUUUAAAACUCGCCUCACUGUGAUAGAUCAAUUUAAAGAAAGAAGUUCAACAACCGGUUGAAACUGAGUGGAAAACAUGGUCGUUGUGGAUGUUGUUUUAAAGAUACACAAUGAAAUGGACAGCGCUUUCUAAAGGGAUGAUUAAUUCAAAACAUCCAUAAGCAUAUUAGAGCUUAUGCAUACGCAUAGACCUAUAUAUGAGCCCAAGCCCAAAAAACCCUCCUGAAUUAAAAUAAUGAUUGUGCUGUUAUAGCCUACAAUACAUAGCCUACCACAUAUUACACAUGGCAGAACAUUUUAUUUUUAUUUUUUAACAUAGAUUUAAGAUGUCUUUGGUACAUAAUUGGUCUAGCCAUUACUACAAAAUGUAAACAAAUUAUAGUAAUCGCCUUUGAGUGUGGACUGUAUUAUUAUGCAUACUGGAUGGACUGGUUACCUUAUGCUAUGAUCCAAACUUUCUAUCCAUGAAUCUGGGAGAGAACAUACAGUCAUAGGUGAUGCUGUUGGUUCAUUGAUUGUGUAGGGCGGCUUUGAGUUAGCCUACAAUUAUAGUGAAUAUGUAUUUGAUUUUGAAUAGCCUAGUAACAGGGCAUUUUUAUUUUUUAUAUUUCCAUAAUUAAUAGGCUGACACAUUACCUUUAGCUACAGAAUAUCUCACCACUGUGAGUUUCCAUUGCCUCUCUCUCCUUCAUUCCUUUUUUCAGUGUGCAGAGAGAGGGGCUGUCAACAGUUUAAUGAAAUACAGUGGGGGAAAAAAGUAUUUAGUCAGCCACAAAUUGUGCAAGUUCUCCCACUUAAAAAGAUGAGAGAGGCCUGUAAUUUUCAUCAUAGGUACACGUCAACUAUGACAGACAAAAUGAGAAAAAAAAAUCCUGAAAAUCACAUUGUAGGAUUUUUAAUGAAUUUAUUUGCAAAUUAUGGUGGAAAUAAGUAUUUGGUCAAUAACAAAAGUUUCUCAAUACUUUGUUAUAUACCCUUUGUUGGCAAUGACACAGGUCAAAUGUUUUCUGUAAGUCUUCACAGGGUUUUCACACACUGUUGCUGGUAUUUUGGCCCAUUCCUCCAUGCAGAUCUCCUCUAGAGCAGUGAUGUUUUGGGGCUGUCGCUGGGCAACACAGACUUUCAACUCCCUCCAAUGAUUUUCUAUGGGGUUGAGAUCUGGAGACUGGCUAGGCCACUCCAGGACCUUGAAAUGCUUCUUACGAAGCCACUCCUUCGUUGCCCGGGCGGUGUGUUUGGGAUCAUUGUCAUGCUGAAAGACCCAGCCACGUUUCAUCUUCAAUGCCCUUGCUGAUGGAAGGAGGUUUUCACUCAAAAUCUCACGAUACAUGGCCCCAUUCAUUCUUUCCUUUACACGGAUCAGUCGUCCUGGUCCCUUUGCAGAAAAACAGCCCCAAAGCAUGAUGUUUCCACCCCCAUGCUUCACAGUAGGUAUGGUGUUCUUUGGAUGCAACUCAGCAUUCUUUGUCCUCCAAACACGACGAGUUGAGUUUUUACCAAAAAGUUAUAUUUUGGUUUCAUCUGACCAUAUGACAUUCUCCCAAUCCUCUUCUGGAUCAUCCAAAUGCACUCUAGCAAACUUCAGACGGGCCUGGACAUGUACUGGCUUAAGCAGGGGAACACGUCUGGCACUGCAGGAUUUGAGUCCCUGGCGGCGUAGUGUGUUACUGAUGGUAGGCUUUGUUACUUUGGUCCCAGCUCUCUGCAGGUCAUUCACUAGGUCCCCCCGUGUGGUUCUGGGAUUUUUGCUCACCGUUCUUGUGAUCAUUUUGACCCCACAGGGUGAGAUCUUGCGUGGAGCCCCAGAUCGAGGGAGAUUAUCAGUGUUGUAUGUCUUCCAUUUCCUAAUAAUUGCUCCCACAGUUGAUUUCUUCAAACCAAGCUGCUUACCUAUUGCAGAUUCAGUCUUCCCAGCCUGGUGCAGGUCUACAAUUUUGUUUCUGGUGUCCUUUGACAGCUCUUUGGUCUUGGCCAUAGUGGAGUUUGGAGUGUGACUGUUUGAGGUUGUGGACAGGUGUGUUUUUUACUGAUAACAAGUUCAAACAGGUGCCAUUAAUACAGGUAACGAGUGGAGGACAGAGGAGCCUCUUAAAGAAGAAGUUACAGGUCUGUGAGAGCCAGAAAUCUUGCUUGUUUGUAGGUGACCAAAUACUUAUUUUCCACCAUAAUUUGCAAAUAAAUAAAUUAAAAUUCCUACAAUGUGAUUUUCUGGAUUUUUUUUCCUCAAUUUGUCUGUCAUAGUUGACGUGUACCUAUGAUGAAAAUUACAGGCCUCUCUCAUCUUUUUAAGUGGGAGAACUUGCACAAUUGGUGGCUGACUAAAUACUUUUUUCCCCCACUGUAUGUUUCGUUGUGAAAACAUGUUACUAUCGAUGUUCCCGAACAGAUUUCACUUGGUUUCCUAAAUGAAGUACUGGAUAGCUGCAGGAAAAUGGUUGGAGAGCCCAUGGCAUACAGAGUUUGGGCGGAAUAUCACCUGUCGCGCAGCGAGAGGCGGCAUGCUCCUCAAACAGUGGUUGAAGAGUGGAGCGAAAUAAGCCCAGACAUUUCUAUAUGCAAUCCCGUGUGAAAGCAAAGUUUUGAUUGUUGCCACUAAAAAGAGGACGCUCCCAGCUUCUACCAUAUUUAUUUCUUAGCUGCUCUAUAUUAAGCACAUGCUCCGCUAUUAAACCGGAGUAGCCUAACCUGCAUGAUUGGAAAAACGAACUGCAGGAAAGUGGCCCCAUUCGCUAUUCCAGUGCAUAUGGAUGACAAGUCUUUUUUCCCUGCCCAUUUGAUAAUGGGACAUUCUAAAUCAAAACUAAUUUUACAUAUUAGUAAAGACAAGAUUAAAUUGAGAAUAGUCUGAUGGGUCAAAAUAUGAUCACUUGAUGAGAGCACAGCGUGUGCAGCCUGAGGCAAGGAACAGAGCGCAAGCGACUUUCUCAAAUCAUCAAUAGCCUAUAGUUGCAUCAUGCAGCCCAUGUAUCUUUUGAUUUCAGACAUUCUAAGGUUUGUAUCAUUCACAACAAAAUUUGCCAAAUAACUCUAAAUCUAGCGCAUAGGACCCGUUUCAAAUGAUCACUUUUACACUCAACAUAGCCACUUUAUAUGCACACUCACACUUACUCUGGAGUGGGAUAAAUAUCCAUUCUAUUUUAUUCGGCUUUGUUCAAUUAUAUUAUUCUUACCAUAAAAUAAUGGCACGGGACUUAUAAGCAUAUCUUGUCUGCUAAAUGAACAAGCCUACAGCCUAUAGGAUGGAGCAUAGUCAGAUAACAUACAGAAGUCUUCUGAAAUACAUUUUCUUCAUAUCAUAUUGUUUCUUUAGACCUGCCUAAUACAAAUUGAUUUAUUGUGAUGGUGUAUAUUAAAUUCAUUUAUUAGACUUUUAAAUGUUCCAAAGGCGGCAUCAGCGGCUUGUAUGCGUGGAGGCCUGGAGAUGCUAAAUGUGUUUUAUGUUAAUUAACGGUCAUUAACCGUGAGACCAGCAGUCAUUUGCAUGACAAUGACCGUCUGACAACAUUUCAUGACCGCCACAGCCCUAGUAGAACACAAUGUGAUUUUUGGGGACUUCUGCGUUCUCCCGAACAAAGCUAUCUGUGGGCAAGCAGAGCCUAGUUCAGUGAAGUAAGCACAACCGGAGGUCUGAAGUUGAUGGGUUUGUGGGAAAACCCCCUCUCUCCCAUCGCUCCAUGGUCUGCAACACGCGAUCCAUGGCUGUGCCAAGAUUCUGGAGCAUCGUCGCGUGCUGCUGGACGCGCUCCUCCACUGGUACCGGAGGACUGGAUGCACCUGCUGAUUCCAUAUGAGGUGCGUGUUUCUGUCAAGUGUCAAUGUGCAGCGGUAGGACGGAGUCCGGCGCAGGACACAGAACUGAGUAAACAACGUACUUUACUCAAAAUAAACAACACUAAUCUCCACGCAGGGAAAACACACCAGCUCACAUAAGUCUUAGACACAAAACAAAGAACAAACACGCACAAAACCAUGUGGGAACCGGAGGGUUAAAUAGGGAAAUAAUAUAAUGUAAUGGGAACCAGGUGUGUACAAUCAAGACAAAACAAAUGGAAAAUGAAACGUAGAUCGGUGGCAGCUAGAAAGCCAGUGACGACGACUGCCGAACGCCGCCCGAACAAGGAGAGGCACCAACUUUGGCGGAAGUCGUGACAGUACCCCAACCCCCCCCCCCCCCCCUUGACGCGCGGCUCCGGCAGCGCGCCGACACCGGCCUCGGGGACGACCCGGAGGACGAGGCGCAGGACGAUCCGGGUGGAGACGGUGAAAUUCCUGCAGUAAGGAAGCGUCCAGGAUGUCCUCCACCGGCACCCAGCAUCUCUCCUCCGGACCGUACCCCUCCCACUCCACUAGGUACUGAAGGCCCCUCGCCCGACGCCUUGAGUCCAUGAUGGCUCGUACAGUAUACGCCGGGACCCCCUCGAUGUCCAGAGGGGGCGGAGGAACCUCCCGCACCUCAGACUGCUGGAGCGGACCUGCCACCACCGGCCUGAGGAGAGACACAUGGAACGAGGGGUUAAUACGGUAAUCAGGGGGGAGCUGUAACCUAUAGCAUACCUCGUUCAGUCUCCUCAGGACUUUAAAUGGCCCCACAAACCUCGGACCCAGCUUCCGGCAGGGCAUGUGAAGGGGCAGGUUUCGGGUCGAGAGCCAGACCCGGUGCAUACACCCGGGCCUCACUGCGGUGGCGGUCGGCGCUCGCCUUCUGUCGCUUGAUGGCCCGUUGCAGGCGCACAUGGGCAGCGUCCCAUGUCUCCUCCGAGCACCGAAACCAUUCAUCCACCGCAGGUGCCUCGAUCUGCCUCUGAUGCCACGGUGCCAGGACUGGCUGAUAACCUAGUACACACUGAAACGGAGACAUGUUAGUGGAGGAGUGGCGGAGGGAGUUUUGGGUCAUCUCUGCCCAGGGGAUGAAAGCCGCCCACUCCCCCGGCCGGUCCUGGCAAUAGGACCGCAGAAACCUACCCACAUCCUGGUUAACUCUCUCCACCUGCCCAUUACUCUCGGGGUGAAAACCUGAGGUCAGGCUGACCGAGACCCCCAGAUGUUUCAUGAACGCCCUCCAGACCCUCGGUGAACUGGGGACCCCGAUCAGACACUAUAUCCUCAGGCACCCCGUAGUGCCGGAAGACGUGGGUAAACAGGGCCGCAGUCUGUAGGGCCGUAGGGAGACCGGGCAAAGGAAGGAGACGUUAGGACUUAGAAAACCGAUCCACAAUGACCAGGAUCGUGGUGUUACCUUGUGACGGAGGAAGAUCCGUCACGAAGUCCACCGAUAGGUGUGACCACGGCCGUUGUGGAACGGGUAGGGGUUGUAAUUUCCCUCUGGGCAGGUGUCUAGGUGCCUUGAACUGGGCGCACACCGAGCAGGAGGAAACAUAAACCCUCACAUCCUUAGCUAAAGUGGGCCACCAGUACUUCCCACUAAGACAGCGCACUGUCCGACCGAUGCCAGGAUGACCAGUGGAGGGUGACGUGUGGGCCCAACAGAUCAAUCGAUCGCGGACAUCAGACGGAACGUACAGACGGAACGUACAGACGCCCAACUGGACACUGGGUGGGAGUGGGCUCCGUAUGGAACGCCCGCUUGAUGUCCGCGUCAACCUCCCAUACCACCGGUGCCACCAGGCAAGAAGCCGGAAGUAUGGGAGUGGGAUCCGUGGACCGCUCCUCUGUGUCAUACAUCCGGGACAGUGCGUCUGCCUUAGCGUUCUGGGAACCUGGUCUGUAGGAUAGGGUGAAAACAAAAUGGGUGAAAAACAUGGCCCAACUUGCCUGGCGAGGGUUCAGUCUCCUCGCCGCCCGGAUGUACUCCAGAUUGCGGUGGUCAGUCCAAAUGAGGAAAGGGUGUUUAGCCCCCUCAAGCCAAUGCCUCCACACCUUCAGAGCCCUGACAACAGCUAACAGCUCCCGGUCCCCCACAUCAUAGUUUCGCUCCGCCGGGCUGAGCUUCUUUGAAAAGAAAGCACAGGGGCGGAGCUUUGGUGGCGUACCCGAGCGCUGAGACAGCACAGCUCCUAUCCCAGCCUCGGACGCGUCCACCUCUACUAUGAAUGCCAAGGCGGGAUCAGGAUGAGCCAGUACGGGAGCCGAGGUAAACAGAGCCUUAAGGUGACCAAAAGCCCUGUCUGCCCCAGCUGACCACUGCAGUCGCACCGGUCCCCCCUUCAGCAAGGAGGUAAUGGGAGCCGCUACCUGACCAAAGCCCCGGAUAAACCUCCGGUAGUAGUUGGCAAACCCUAAGAACCGCUGCACCUCCUUUACCGUGGUUGGAGUCGGCCAAUUACGCACGGCUGAAAUGCGGUCAUUCUCCAUCUCCACCCCUGACGCGGACAGGCGGUACCCUAGGAAGGAGACAGACUGUUGGAAGAACAGACAUUUCUCAGCCUUGACGUACAGGUCAUGCUCCAACAGUCGACCAAGCACCUUGCGCACCAGGGACACAUGCUCGGCGCGUGUAGCGGAGUAUAUUAGAAUGUCAUCUAUAUACACCACUACACCCUGCCCGUGCAGGUCCCUGAAAAUCUCGUCUACGAAGGAUUGGAAGACUGAUGGAGCAUUCAUCAACCCGUACGGCAUGACGAGGUACUCAUAGUGCCCAGAGGUGGUACUAAAUGCCGUCUUCCGCUCAUCCCCCUCCCAGAUACGCACCAGGUUGUAAGCGCUCCUGAGAUCCAAUUUGGUGAAGAAGCGCGCCCCGUGCAAUGACUGUCACACUGGCUAUGAGAGGCAGUGUGUAACUGUACUUCACAGUGAUCUGAUUUAGACCUCGAUAGUCAAUGCACGGGCGUAAACCUCCAUCCUUCUUCUUCACAAAAAAGAAACUUGAGGAGGCAGGUGAAGUGGAAGGCCGAAUGUAUCCCUGUCCCAGAGAUUCGGAGACAUAUGUUUCCAUAGCCGCCGUCUCCUCCUGAGACAGAGGAUACACGUGACUCCUGGGAAGUGCUGCGCCUACCUGGAGAGAUUUAUCGCACAAUCCCCCUGUCGAUGGGGUGGUAGUUGAGUCGCCGCCUUUUUACAGAAGGCGAGAGCCAAAUCGGCAUAUUCAGGGGGAAUGUGCAUAGUGGAGACCUGGUUUGGACUCUCCACCGUAGUUGCACCUAUAGAGACACCUACACACCUCCCUGAGCACUGACGUGACCAUCCCUUGAGAGCCCUCUAUUGCCACGAAAUAGUGGGGUCAUGAGAGGCCAACCAGGGAAGCCCCAACACCACAGGAAACGCUGGAGACUAAUUCUCUCCUCGUGACCCUCCUGUGUUUUCAUACGUAGUGGAGCUGUGACCUCCCUAAUCAGGCCCGACCCUAAAGGACGACUAUCUAAGGCAUGUACAGGGAAGGGCACAUCAACAGGAACAAUAGGGAUCCCUAAUCUACGUGUAAAUGAACGGUCAAUAAAGUUCCCAGCUGUGCCUGAAUCUACUAGCGCCUUAUGCUGGGAAGGCGGGGAAAACUCAGGAAAUUCUAUGCAUACACUCAUGUGCGCAACAGGGAGCUCUGGGUGAGUCGGGUGCCUCGACUCCCUGGGGAUCCUCCCCAGCACCGACCAGCAGUGUGCCCUCUGCGGCCACAGUUGGUGCAAGAAACGGCCCCCCCUCCGGUCACCCUUAGAGCAGCACCUCCGAGCUCCAUAGGGGUAGGGUCGUAGGUGCUGGGGGAUGGAAUGGACGGACCCUGACCCGGAUGUCCGCGGGUGGCCAACAGGUUAUCCAGCCGUAUAGAUAAAUCCACCAGCUGGUCGAGGGUAAGGGUGGUGUCCCUGCAUGCCAGCUCCCAUUGAACGUCCUCACGUAGACUAUACCGUUAAUGGUCGAUCAGGGCCCUCUCAUUCCAUCCCGCGCUGACAGCCAAGGUCCUGAAGUCCAGUGCGAAGUCCUGUGUGCUCCUCUUCCCCUGUCUGAGGUGGAACAAGCGUUCCCCCGCCACUCUCCCCUCAGGUGGAUGAUCGAAGACCGCCCAGAAGCGGCGGGUGAAAUCCUCAUAGCAAACCAACGCUGCGUCUAUUCCUCCCCAAUCGGCGUUGGCCCACUCAAGCGCUCUCCCAGACAGACAGGAGAUGAGGGCAGACACGCUCUCGUAUCCCGAGGGAGCCGGGUGGAUGGUCGCCAGGUAGAGCUCCACCUGGAGCAGGAACCGCUGGCACCCGGCAGCCAUCCCAUCAUAUGCCCUCGGGAGCAAGAGCCGAAUCCCACUGGGUCCAGGUGACGGAGGGGUGGACAUCGGUGUGGGUUGAUCUGAAGUUGAUGGGUUUGUGGGAAAACCCCCUCUCUCCCAUCGCUCCAUGGUCUGCAACACGUGAUCCAUGGCUGUGCCAAGAUUCUGGAGCAUCGUCGCGUGCUGCUGGACGCGCUCCUCCACUGGUACCGGAGGACUGGAUGCACCUGCUGACUCCAUAUGAGGUGUGUGUUUCUGUCAAGUGUCAAUGUGCAGCGGUAGGACGGAGUCAGGCGCAGGACACAGAACUGAGUAAACAACGUACUCGAAAAAUAAACAACACUAAUCUCCACGCAGGGAAAACACACCAGCUCACAUAAGUCUUAGACACAAAACAAAGAACAAACACGCACAAAACCAUGUGGGAACCGGAGGGUUAAAUAGGGAAAUAAUAUAAUGUAAUGGGAACCAGGUGUGUACAAUCAAGACAAAACAAAUGGAAAAAGAAACGUAGAUCGGUGGCAGCUAGAAAGCCGGUGACGAAGGAGAGGCACCAACUUCGGCGGAAGUCGUGACAAUUUUACCCAUCUACCAAUAGGUGCCCUUCUUUGCGAGGCAUUGGAAAACCUACCUAGUCUUUGUGGUUGAAUGUGGGUUUGAAAGUUACUGGACAGGUGUAAAAACGAAAGUCAAAGGGUGUGAAUACAUUCUGAAGGCACUGUAGAGAUCAAAUGGACCACAACCUUCACAUCAUUGAUAUUUUUCAUUUGGAAUUUGCCCUCGGAAGAUUGCGCCCUCAGACCUUCACAUUGAGACUGAACAUCAGUGUAGAUCAGUCAUCACCUAGCUUAAUCUACGUCCCCACUCCAAUUCUCAUUGGUUAGCCAUAGCAUUUCAAGCCCUGGAGAUCUGAGGAAUGUGUGUAAACAGAUCUAGGUCUAGAAGCUCUGCCUGAAGGGAACAUCCAGGGACCGACCAAUGAAAGAGUAACUUGUGACUCUCUUUAACCAACCCAACCCCCACUACUCACUUCCUGGUGGGAAACGGGAAGUGUUGCAACACCAUCACUACUGAUGUUUGUGAGGCUAACGCAGGACUUACUGGAGCUGGCAGGCGUUUAAUAACCUCCCUUAUCAUGAGAUGACUGGUCUCAGAUGGUAUUUGCUAUUUGAGAAGGUAUGUGUGGGGUUCAUGUUUGCAGGCUUUUUCCCUUUUUAACCUUGCUUCCUCAAAAGUUGCAUCUUAGGUGUAUAUUUUCAUUUCUCUUCAAACUUUGUAUUGAGUGUGAUGUGUAGACUGUGACGAUUCAUUUUAAGGUGAAAGCUAAUCAUGACAUUUUUGAAAACUUUUUUUGUAUAAAUGGGAUUGAAAUUGAUAGUUUUUUUUGUAGCGUAUUCCUCUUUUCGUAAAAUGCAAAAGCUCUGAGUGAAACCAGUGGAUCAAGUCUGAUGUGUGGUGUUGACGUAUGACCUCUACCAAUGUUUUGAUGAUCAUAGAUUAACACGCAGCCAAACAAAUAGCUUAAUACUUAGCCUAAUGUGUGUGUUUUAGCCUGUAGCCUACCUCAAUCUUGCUGUCUCAUACUAGGAAAUGCUACACUAUAUUCAAAGUAGUACAACCCAAGUCGUCUCUGAACAUGCUGAUAGCCUGUGAAAAUGAAAACAUGCCACGCUUACUGUAGACACACACACACACACAGUGUUUAACCUGUGUGUGUGCAUACUGUAUAGAGAGAGCGACUGACAAACACUGCUGCUUUUAAACUCACACAUAGCCGACAUACUCUCUCUCACACACACACACACACACACACACACACACACACACACACAGCCAUGUUUUACCUGUGUGUGUUGUGUUCUACCCUACAGCUGAUGAUCUUUGGCUUCUUCCUUUGUCUGGAUGCCUUCCUCUAUGUGUUCACUUUGCUGCCCCUGCGGGUGCUGCUGGCCCUGCUACACCUCUUCACCCUGCCCUGCUGCGGCCUCCGGUGAGCCCACGCACACAAACACACAGACUCUCUGGGUCGCUAUAGAAAUGCCGUGAAUAGAUCUGAAAUGCAUGUCUAUUCUACCAAAUGUAUUUCUAUCUGAACGUUCCGUAAAUGUGUGCCCUGUUGAACGCAGCUCUGACACUGACGAAGAAACACUGCAUGAUUGGAUUGGAAUGAAGGGUGCUACGUGACCACUACCAUAUCUAUCUAUAACAUAGAUGAUUCUUUAUGUUACAACAUAAGGGGUUAAUAGGGCAAUAUGUAUAGGGCUAUAUAGAUAGGGCCAUCUCACCCAGUUUUCCCCCAAAAUAGGCCUAGUUCCUAAUUUUGAGUGUGUAACUCAAACGUUCACGUAAAUAACACCCUGAUAUGAAUGAGAUUUGCAUGAAAACUGGAGUUUGCUCAUAUCUCUAGUUAGGAUUCUGCCUUUCUGACGACUGAUCCAUACGUAAGCUAGGUUUAUACUGUACAGUAAGUAUUGUACUCACUCAGUUUGCCUGUGACUGGUCUGUACAAAGAUCACUCUCUUCCCUUACCUUCUUUCCCUGCAGGGCAAACGUAUGCCCCUACUGCAAUCGGAGCAGGUAUGCUCGUCUCACGCCUGCCACAGCUUCAUCAUUUAUAUUUAUGGUUUCACCAUCUCCGUCUUGUUUGUCCUGACAUGCAGCUUUGUGCUGUAUUCUUCAUGCUCCAUGCUAAAGCCACUGAGGGGCCAUUUUGGAUUAGUAGUGUUCACAAACAGGGCUGUGCUCGCCACGGCAACACGUAUACUAAACUGUACGCUUUCCCUGCAAGGGCCUAGAUACAGGGCCUAUAGAAAGUCUACACCCCCCUUGGAUUUCUUCACAUUUUAUUGUGUUACAAAGUGGGAUUCAAAUGGAUUGAAUUGUCAUUAUUUGUCAACAAAAUACUCUAAUGUCAAAGUGGAAGAAAAAUUCAUACUUUUUAAGAAGAUUAAUGAAAAAUAAAACACUAAUAUACCUUGGAUAGAUAAGUAUUCACCCCUCGUAGUCAACACAUGUUAGAAACAUAUUUAGCAGCGAUUACAGAUAUGAGUCUUUCUAGGUAAGUCUCUUAAGAGCUUUGCACACCUGCAUUGUGCUAGAGAGCAAUUUUUAAGUCUUGCCAUAGAUUUUCAUGCAGACUUAAGUAAACUGUAACUUUGCCACUCAGACACAUUCACUGACUUCUUGGUAAGCAACUCUAGUACAGAUUUGGCUUUGUGUUGUAGGUUAUUGUCCUGCUGAAAGGUGAAUUCCUCUCCCAGUGUCUGGUGUAAAGCAGACUGAAGCAGGUUUUCCUCUAGGAUUUUGCCUACGCUUAGCUCCAUUCCGUUUCUUUUCAUCCUGAAAAACUCCCCAGUCUUUGCCGAUGUCAAGCAUACCAUACCAUGAUGCAGCCACACCAUGCUUGAAAAUAAGGAAGCAGUUACUCAGUGAUGUGUUGUGUUGGAUUUGCCCCAAACAUAAGGCUUUGCAUUUAGGCCAUAAAGUGUAUUCUUUUGAUGUGUAUUUUUGCAGUAUUACUUUAGUGCCUUAUUGCAUACAUAUGCAUAUUGGAAUAUUUUUAUUCUGUAUAUUUCUAUUCUUUUCACUCUGUCAUUUAAGUCAUUAUUGUGGAGUCACAACAAGGUUGUUGAUCCAUCCUCAGUUUUCUCCCAUCACAGCCAUUGAACUCUGUAACUGUUUUAAAAUUACCAAUGGCCUCAUGGUGAAAUCCCUGAGCAGUUUCCUUCCUGUCCUGCAGCUCAGUUCAGAAGGACGACUGCAUCUUUGACGUGUCUAGGUGGUUUAAUACAUCAUCCACAGGAUAAUUAUUAUCUUGACCAUGCUUAAAGAUACCGUAUAUUCAAUGUCUGAUUUGUUAUUGUUACCAAUCAUUGCCCUUCUUUAUGAGGCUUUCGAAAAGCUCCCUGGUCUUUUGUAGUUGAAAUUCAGAACUUGACUGAGGGACCUUACAGAUGUUGUAUGUAUGGGGGACAGAGGAAGGGUUAGUCAUUCAAGAAUCAUGUCAACCCCAAAUAACUUAUGUGAUUUGUUAAGGGUCGAAAUUUACUUAUGCAACGACUAUAUUUUAGUUAUUGAAUUUGUAUUAAGUUGUAAAAAUGUGUUGAAUUUUCUUUUCACUUUGACAUUAUGGAGUAUUGUUUGUAGAUCAAUGACAAACAUGGCAAUUCAAUCUAUUUCAAUCCCACUUUGUAAUGCAACAAAAUGUGAAAAAAGUGAAAGGUGUAGACUUUCUAUAGGCCCUGUACAUAGUGGACAUGGUUUCUUCAACAAGACUGGCCCAUCAAACUGAAUUCCAGGGUAUAGGCCUAACAAAGCUCCAGUCUUGUUGAAAUGCUCAAUAGUUCUCCUUGUUGGGUUGAGGACUCCUGUGUGAGAUUUAUCUCCAGAGUAUGUACGGUACGCAGAAUGUUAUUUUUUACAUUUUAGUCAUUUAGCAGACGCUCUUAUCCAGAGUGAGUGCAUACAUAUAUAUAUAUUUUUUAUACUGGCCCACAACCCUGGCGUUGCAAGCGCCAUGCUCUACCAACUGAGCUACACGUAGGCCUAAUUGAAGGACUGAUUGGAGAAUGGAGGCCUGCAGCUUGCGGGGAGGCUGUGGUAGUGUAUGGGUGAUAGCUGUGCACUGCAGAUGCUUAGUUAGACAUCGCAUCAACAGAUGGCUUGAGCUCUCAGCUCCUGGAGUUAUAGCACCCUGACUCUGUCCAUCCUCACAUGAACACAUAAGUCGUAAUCAUGCACUGUGACUGACUGCUAGCUUUAUUGAAGUAUUUUCUUGGAAAACAUUAGAUAAUUAUGUGAUAAUUAUUGACCACAUCUCAAAUGAGCCUCCAGAGUUGAGGAUGUGAUGUUGUUGAACUCCUUCAUGGUUUAUAAGCCUUAGCUUGAAAACAUCAGAAAUAUGAACCUGAUCCACUCCAUACAGAAAAUGCCUAUGAAUUGCAUAGGUUAUUUGCCAAGUCCACUCCUAUGGAUCUUUGAGUGUCGUUUUUUUGGAUGUCGUAGUAGGCCAAAGAUAAUGUAUUGUAAUUUCAGUAGUCAUAGUAGGCCAAAGAUAAUGUAUUGUAAUUUCAGUAGUCAUAGUAGGCCAAAGAUAAUGUAUUGUAAUUUCAGUAGUUCAAACGUUGCCGUAACUGAGGAACAGCUGUGUCGGCACACUGAAUCUUUCAAAUCUGUGAUGCCCCAAGAAAGGUUAAAUGUAUUUUUAUUUUUUUAUCCGCACCUCCGAGAACCAGGACUUUGUCCAGAAGUCUGUUCCUCUCACACAGCACAGCUCACCGCUGAUGGCUGUAGCCUUUGUGGGAUCCGUUUGAUGAUGCUGCAUGCCCUUUGUGUCUGUCUGCAUGGCAGCGAAGCAUGACUGACCUUUAUACACACACACACACACACACACACACACACACACACACACACACACACACACCUGCUGCAGUCAGUCAGUCAGCUAGGGGGCUAUCAGAUUCAUGGUGCAGGCUGGUGGGGGUGGGGUGUGUCACAGGGGCCUGGCAUACACUGGCAUACACUGGCAUGACAGAGUACACAUU